CUUGCUUUUGCCAGGUGAAAUUUCACAGUGUGCUCACAGUUUUAAGGUUUUGACAUGUAUUAAAUUUCUACCUGCUCUGUAGCUAUCAUUGGAAUAUCCAUUAUCUUGGCAGUUUCAACCUACAAAUGCAAACAAUCAUUUAUAUAGUAAUACGUAGCGACCAUAAAUAUUUACAGCACUGUAUGCAUAUAAAAUUUCAAAAUUUGUUCAAAAGAAUCAAAUUUUAUUUCAACAAGAGAGAAUAUUAAAGCAACCUUACCAUGCGUUUUGCAACCUGGAUUACUUCUGGAAAAUAUCUUAUAGACGAACGAAAACUUUCUUGCAUAUCGCAUAAGAAAAACGCGGUUGUUUUGGGCAACAACUUUCCAAGUCUUUGAGCGGCCAUCUUGAAUCAACGUAACUACGGGGGGAGUGAUGCACUUCUAACAAACGACUAUUCUCGAUUUUUUCGUGUGUAAAAAAUUGAUUAUUCUCUUUAUAAACGGGGUUAUUGAAAUGGUUUGAAAAGCUAGUCAUAAUCUAGCUUUCUCUGGAAAAAGGUGCUUAUUUUAUACGAUAAAUAUCUGUUUAUAAGCCGCAUAACCACAUUUCAUGUUGCUUUUAUUAAUAUUUUACAAAUUUCUGUUUUUGGUAGUGGUACCCCCCGGAAAACAAGCUGUAGUUGCCGAUUGCUCAACCUCUGAACUAUAUAGGCGUAAGGUCUAAGUGUUUCAAAAACUUACAAAUUUGCAACAAUGCCACCAAGGAAAAAGAGACGGACCGCGGAAAAUAGUGGGAAUUCUAGUGAGGAUGUGCCGAAGACUACAAAAGAUGAAACUGAGGUUCUAGGAAUUAUAAUUCUACUAUGAAUUUGUUCUAGUUCUAAAUUUAUAUAAAAAACAGAAAUGGCCUACACUUGCGGGAUGCAGGUGGGGAGGGUCAACAUCCUUUUUUCUUGUUGCGGAGAGUGUAGGAUCAUGCAUUCUAGAAACUAAUUUGCCGAAAUGCAAGCAGGUAUAAAAGUCAGACUGGAUCGCUAGUUGGGCUGGAAUGGUCCCAACCCUAACCCCAAAUGCAUGUAACCCAGACCCUAAAUAGCCCAGAAUGUCAGGCGUUCUACCCUGACCCUCAGCGGAAUAGCGAUCCAGUGCGACUUUUACACCUGCCUCUGUCAGUGUUUGGGUCAGCCUUAAGGUUGGGUCUGGUCCAUACUUAGAGGGGGCAUAUCUCGGGCAAUUGUCAAUCUCCUUGAGAAAAUGCAAACUAGCAGUCUAGCUAGCACACAGAAUACCAUUGCAAUGGCUCUAGAUUUUCAAACUUCUGAGGGAGCAUGCAAUUUCUGAGUCCAUGUUUCGGUAUAGGCCAUAAUUGUUGCCUGGGAAAUGUCCCUGACCUGUUGUCAACUGGAAUUGUUGCCCCAAUAUGAGCAAACCUUAUUAAUAACUUUUAAUUUCUUGCAGCCCACAAAGAAGUUUACAAAAUGGCUGAUGAAAUCUGAACCAGAAAGUCGUUUUCAAAAAGGAGUUGAUGUGAAGGUUUGAUUUCAGAUCCGAUGUGAACAGUUGUCAUAUUCGUUAACUAUGUGCACUACCAGUGUAUUAUUGUAUAACAUUUUUAGUUUGGUAUAGAAGAUCUUAAAGAAUCACCUGAUCAAACGACACACUGGGAUGGUGUGAGAAAUUAUCAGGUACAGAAACAUUAAUUUUUUUAAUGAAUAUUUUUGACACCUUGGACAUCCUAAAACAUUUUACGAUUAUGAGACGUAAAUUUUCCCCCUCAGAUAACAGCAAUUGAAUUCCUUCAUUUUGUGCAAUGAGACGUACUCGUACAUGUAUACUGAUGUAGUCAGAAACUUAAUGAGUAAUUUUAAUUUAUAGCCCAUUAAUGACGACAGCUUGACUAGAUUAGUUAGCAAGGAUGCAUUGCUGUUCAAUUCUACUGAUUAUAAAAUGAUAUAUAUAUACCUGUAACAGGCUCGGAAUUUCAUGCGAGAUCAGAUGAGGAUUGGUGAGCUGGCAUUUUUCUAUCACAGCAACUGUAAGGAACCUGGUAUUGCUGGACUCAUGGAGGUACAUAAGUUGUACUUGUAUAUUUCACAAAUGGUUCUAAUUUCUCUAAUAUGGCAUGCUUGCUCAAAUUCGUAUUCAUGAGAUUGGGAGAGAAAAUGCUCGAUCAGGAAUAUAAAUUAAAAUAAAGAGAACAUUCAUAAUCAUGGCAAUGGUAUUAUAAACUAUAAUCAUUUCUUCACAGGUUGUAAAGGAAUCCUAUGUAGACCACACUCAGUUUGAUAAGGCAGAUCCACAUUAUGAUCCGUAAGUAUAACUGUAUAGUCUAUUAGCCAAAUCUAUUCAGCCUCUGCAUAAUUUAAGUUUUUACUCCAACAAGUACAGUAUUAAGAGGAUUCAUAAGCCAAGAAGUAUAUUAUUUAUAUAUCAAUUGUUGAGUUUUUUAAAAUCUUUUAAAGGAAAGCUUCAAAAGAUACGCCCAAGUGGUUUAUGGUCGAUGUCAAGUAUGUGCGAAUGAUGAAACGAUAUAUUUCUCUAAAAGAACUGAGAAAAAUUCAUUUGGUAAGUUCAUGUUGCCCUGAGCUUCUGUUAGACAGACUGUGCACAGAAAUAUUCUAGUUACCGUGGUUAUUAAGUGUGCUGGAAAGUCAUUCUUGUAAACUGAUUAAGUCAGUCUACAAGUAGAUUAUUAAAUUUUGGAUGCUUCUAGGCAGUUGAUCCCUGUCUGUAGUAGUAUAGACCAUUGAGAAAAAUGCACUGCCAUUAACUUGACCUAAUAAUGCAUUGCGUUCCCGGUUUUCAAACGCGUCUGGAACACAAUUCUGAACGCAUUUGAAAUAAAUUGCGUGAUAAUUUUCUUAUUACGUUUUUCAAAUAGGACCACAAACAAAAUGGAGGAUCGUUGAAAUCAUUAUCUUUGUUUACUCAAUCAAGACUUUCAGUUGCACCCUUGACCGAAGGUACUGUAGGUUGAUAACAUUUGUAAACGCAACUUAGAAAGUUCAGAUCAGGAAAAAAUGGGAUCUUUAUUCUUUACUGUAACAUGGCCAGGUGUUUAUAUGGCCUAGCUGUGUUAUUGAACGUAUUAUUAAUGAGGUCCACUGUACUUCUAUUUCUUUUAUAGAGGAAUUUGAAUAUAUUAAAAGCCUUGAGGAGAAGGAAGAGGCUUAGAUCAUUCAUGACGUAUAUGGUCAUACAGGCUGUCAUUCCAUUGGAAAUUUUCCAUGUUAUGUUCGAGUCUUGUUAAACCAGGUUUAUGGAUGGAAAGAAUUCGGAAAGAAAACUACAUUGCCCUUUGUACUGAGAUAGAGAUUAAUUGUUUUGUUAUAAACUUUUCAUAUACGGAAAGAAUUAUGAAAGGAAACUGCUUUGCCCUUGGUAGAGAUAGAGAUUGUUACUGUAUUAUUGCUAUUUGUGGAGAUGAAAAGAUUGUUUUGUUACCAUUGUAGUUAUGUUACUUAGCUUAAAAAGGGACAAAGAUACAUUCACAUGUUCACUUGUAAAUCAUAAAAGAUUACAUUCAUUUAUCUAA